UGGUUGCCUUACUGAUCAAAUGCAGUCUUCCAUCGCGAGGUACAACAUCCUGGCCGUGAACUGGCCACCGGAAUAACGAGUACAUAGCACUUUGCAUCUUUAGGGAAGUCUGUAUACAAAAGUCUUAAUCCUAAAGCGUUCUUUAAGUGCCUAGAAUACGGUUGGAGCUUAAGGACUGAAUUUGGAAGUUUCCUAUCAAGCUAUUUCCCAAAACUUGACCGCUGAGCCUAUGCACGCGUGUGUCAGGGGAGAAAUUCAGGCAUCUAGAUGCAGGCUUUUAUCCAGAUACUUGGGGUCGUGUCAGUUCAGCCGGAACCUGGGCUCGCGAGUUCAGUCUGUGAACAGAUAUUAAACUUUGUAAUAGAAUUGAUUGGACUCCUUGAGCCAACAGGAUAUUGGGAGAAACUUCAGAUUUUUCAUUUUUAAAGAAACUCUAAAUGUAUGAGAAAUUUACAGGAUGGAGAACGAGAAGGAAAAUCUCUUUUUUGAGCCACAUAAAAGGGGACUGAUGAAAACCCCUCUGAAAGAAUCCACCGCAGCAAAUAUAGUAUUGACGGAGAUCCAGCCCGACUUUGGCCCCUUAACCACACCAACCAAGCCCAAGGAAAUCUCCCAGGGAGAACCAUGGACACCAACAGCCAACCUGAAAAUGCUCAUCAGUGCCAUGAGCCCCGAGAUCCGCUACAGAGAUCAGAAAAGGGGGCUGUUUGACAACAGAAAUGAAUUAGCUGUGCCCAAAGAUUGUUUACAUGAACACUUAUCUGGAGACGAAUAUGAGAAAUCCCAACCAAGUCGAAAAGAGAAAAGUUUAGGGUUGUUGUGCCAUAAGUUCUUAGCUCGAUAUCCUAACUACCCCAACCCUGCCGUGAAUAAUGACAUAUGUCUUGAUGAAGUGGCCGAGGAGCUUAAUGUCGAGCGUCGGCGCAUUUAUGAUAUUGUGAAUGUCCUAGAGAGUUUACACAUGGUGAGCCGCCUCGCCAAAAACAGGUACACUUGGCAUGGGCGACAUAACCUCAAAAAAACACUUGGGACCUUGAAAAGCGUCGGGGAGGAGAACAAGUACGCCGAGCAGAUUAUGAUGAUCAAAAAGAAAGAAUAUGAACAAGAGUUUGACUUUAGUAAGAGCUACGGUAUAGAGGAUCAUAUCAUCAAAGCAAACACUGGCCAAAAUGGACACCCAGACAUGUGUUUUGUCGAACUCCCUGGAGUGGAAUUUCGGGCAGCUUCUGUAAACAGCCGCAAAGACAAGUCUUUAAGAGUGAUGAGCCAGAAAUUUGUGAUGCUGUUUUUGGUGUCAACGCCUCAGAUAGUAAGCCUAGAAAUUGCUGCCAAGAUAUUAAUUGGGGAGGACCAUGUGGAAGAUUUGGAUAAAAGCAAGUUUAAAACAAAAAUUAGGCGGUUGUACGAUAUAGCUAAUGUUCUGAGUAGCCUGGCUCUUAUCAAGAAAGUUCAUGUUACCGAGGAAAGAGGCAGAAAACCAGCUUUUAAAUGGACAGGCCCAGAAAUCAGUCCAAAUUCCAGUGGUCUCAGUCCCAUCAAUCCUUUCUCCCCCUCAGACCUGGAAGUGAGGCAGUCUUCAAAAGAGAACUGUGCCAAAAACCUCUUUUCCACACGUGGGAAACCAAACUUUACUCGACACCCAUCUCUCAUCAAACUGGUAAAGAGCAUAGAAAGUGAUCGGAGAAAGAUAAAUUCUGCUCCCAGUAGCCCCAUCAAGACCAACAAAGCUGAGAAUUCUCAGAAUUCUGAACCCUUCCCAAGUAAAAUGGCUCAGCUCGCAGCUAUUUGCAAAAUGCAGUUAGAAGAGCAAUCAAGUGAACCCAGAGAAAAAACGAAAGUACAGCUGGCAAGAUCUGGGCACUGCACACCAUUGGCCCCCCUGGGCACCCCAGUGAAUGCUGAGCUGGAGCUGACGGCACCUGCGCGGUCCCUCAUCCAGCCCCUGGGGGUGGUCCCCCUGAUCUCCAGCCCACUGUCAUCGGUGCCCAUGAUUCUACCUCAGCCCCCUUCGGGCCCAUCCUAUGCCAUCUAUUUGCAGCCUGCCCAAGCCCAAACCAUGACACCGUCCCGAGGCCUGAGCCCAACAGUCUGCCCCACCCCCUCUUCUAAAGCUACAAGAUCAAAAGACUCCACAGAUGUCACCACCGAGAAGGCAGCCAAUGAUGCCACAAAGCCCAGUGUCUCCACCAGGGCUGGAAGCCUGGUGCCAGAGGUACAAGGGGCACAGAACGGAGACAGGGAAUCUGCUGGAGAAAGAGGCUCCAAGAGGGCAAGCUUGCUGGAGGAUAGCGGCUCCAAAAAGAAAUUGAAAGAAGACCUGAAAGGACUUGAAAAUGUCUCUGCAGCUUUGUUCCCAUCAGGAUACCUAAUCCCUCUCACCCAGUGCUCAUCCCUGGGGGCAGAGUCCAUUUUGCCUAGUAAAGAAAACUCAGGUUCCCUUUCCCCGAACCACAGGAUCUACAGCUCCCCAAUCACAGGUGUUAUUCCAGUGACAUCAUCUGAACUCACUGCUGUUAAUUUUCCCUCUUUUCAUGUAACACCUUUGAAGCUAAUGGUCUCACCAACUUCCAUGGCAGCCAUACCUGUAGGGAACAGCCCGGCUCUCACUGCGAGCCAUCCCAUUCCCGUCCAGAACCCAAGCUCAGCCAUUGUAAACGUCACCCUGCAGCAUUUGGGACUCAUCUCCCCCAGUGUGCAGGUGUCUGCCAGCCCCAGCCCCGGAACUCUUCCUGUGUCUCCAAGAAUAGAAGCUGUUAGUGUCGUCCCAGAAAAGGCAGGCCCUCCGCAAGGAAGGGCUGGGAGGUAUGAUUCUCCAGUUCUGGGCCAGAGCCAACCGAAUGGACAAUCUGUUGCUGUGAUGGGGGCACAGGAGCCUGUUCCUGUGACACCCAAAGGGUCACAAUUAGUGGCCGAAAGUUUCUUCCGUACCCCCGGAGGACCAAUGAAGUUGAUGGGCUCAUCCUGCGCGGAUUUCGAUGGUGCUAAUAAAACCGCCAUAGGAACUCUCUUUGUCCCACAGCGAAAACUGGAAGUCUCAACGGAGGAUGUCCAUUAACUGACAGAAGAUAUAUUCAAAGUGGUUUGGAAAAUGCAUUCUCUUAAAGUACUGUAAAUAUG